AGGUGGAGUCGAGACUGCGCCAGUCGACAUGGACACUCUACAAUGUGAGUGUUUGUUGUUAGUGAUGUGUCGUCAGUAAUCAUGAAGGGUUCACCUAAAAGUGAGGCAUCAUUGGAACAAUCAAUUGAUCUUGAAUACGGUGAAAAUGAAUCAAGUUUGGAUCAACAGCAACCCUCAUCAUCAUCAUCAACCACUGUGGCUUCAACCUCAACUAGUGCCGUUUACUGUGGCGGCUGUGGACACACCAUUGUGGACCGAUAUUAUCUGGUCUUUGAUGAUAAACAUUGGCAUUCAUGGUGUUUAACUUGUGCUGAAUGUGGUUGUAACCUUGAGAAGCGGUGUUUCGUUCGAAACGGAUUAACCUAUUGUAAGCACGAUUACCAUCGGUUAUUUGUUUCAUUUAGAUCGUGCAGUAAAUGCUGUCAAAUUAUUAAACCCAAUCAACUGGUGAUGAAGGUCAACUCGCAAAAUUUUUAUCACCUCGAUUGUUUCACCUGUUCACAGUGUUUCUCAGUACUUCACAAAAAUGAUUAUUACGUGUUGAUUGACGGUAAAAUUUACUGCUCCGAUCACUACAGUAGUCUUGUAAAAAAGUCAACCUCAUCUUUAUCAUCCAACCGAGAAUCAUCUUUAUCAUGCAACACCCGGGAACCAUCAUCAUUACCAUCAAACACACGAGAACCAUCUUUAUCAUCAAAUAACCGAGAACCAUCAUCACUAUCAUCCGCUUCCCCUGCUUCAUCCAGCAGCAACAAUGGCAAUAGUAAAAGCAAAAGCAAAAGAGUCCGAACAUCGUUUAAACACGCUCAACUGAAGACCAUGAAGUCUUACUUCUCUGUUAAUCAAAACCCGGACGCCAAGGAUUUGAAAGGAUUGUCCACCAAAACUGGCCUUUCCAAAAGGGUCCUUCAGGUUUGGUUUCAAAAUGCUCGUGCUAAAUGGCGUAAAAAUAACCCUAAACACGGCGAUUGUUCAUCAACAUCGGGCAACUCAAAGCAAUCCAAGGGAAACACAUCAAACUGUUCAACCCUUGGAACUGGUUGUGAUACAAAUAGCCAGCAAAGUCAAUCCCAGUUGAACUCAUUGAACGGUUUAACCUCUUCUAUUGCUCCAGCCAGUCCAUCAACAGGCAUCGGCAGUCCAGGUGGCAGUAGUCAUUCACGGCCCUUUUCAACGCCAAGUCCAUCAUCAGGUUUAACGAUACACGAACCAUCAUCGUUACUGUUGACCAAUUCAAAUGGUUCUUCAUUAGAUCAAUUUCCACCCUUAACUGGUCCCAGUCCAACUCCAGAGAGUCCAAAUCAAUCAUUACAACAACAGCAACAGUCAUCAUCAUCCUCUUCAGAACCAUUAGGUUUAUCAUUACCACCAACAGGAGUUGGACCAACCUCAGUAUCUUCAUGUUCAUCCCCAUCAAUUUCCCACCAUCAACAUGUUCAACAACAUUCACUUGGACCAUCUCAGUCUCCACUUUCAAUUCCAAUAGAAUCACAUUUAACUGGAGUUGUAACACCUCACCAACCACCCUCACUGUUAACCUCAUCAGGACUCGCUCUUCAUCCAACCACUUCACACCAUUCAGCCCUACAUACACCCUUAUCCUUACCCAUUGAUCAUCAUUCAAUCCAUCUUCAUCGUCACCCGGAGGGUUCCUCAAUGUAUUCACCGUUUGAAGAAACACUCCUUCCUCAUUCCACCUCAUUUCAACCUCUCUAUUGACAGUUAACUCAAAAAUCAACUUUUUAUUAACAAAUUUCAUUCUAUUUAAAUUUCAAGUUGUAACUUUUUCGCCUCCACUCAUUUCAACAGAAUCAUCAUUCUUCUCCUCAUGAUCAUCGUGUUUAUCAUCCAUCUUUCGGUCUAAUUAAUUUUCAAAUAAGUUACUAGGAAUAAAAGGACACUUUUGACCACAUUUCAAGCAAAAUUCAAGGCUGGGCUUUCAAGUUGUCUACAAACUUUUUUCAGGGUUAGUCCAAAGUUGAAACAUUGAACAACCAUUUUGUUGAUGGAUUGAACCAUUGAUAAUGAUGAAGAUGUUGAUGAAUUGAAUAUCCAUGAAAACAAAUAACGAUGAGUCUUUUGUUGUUGUUUUUAUCAAUCAAAAGAGGAAUAAUUAAAGAUGCGCCAUGAAUCAGGUUAAAGGUAAAUGUAAACACUCGCAACAUGUUAACAUGUAAAGGUAGAUAAACAGAUGAAAGAAAAAAACAGAUCGAAAUCAAUCAAUUUCGUUCCUCAUCAAUUCUCAAGUUGAUAAAUAAAUGACAUUUAAACAUAAGCUGGACAAAGUCAUUGCAUAUUUUACUGGUUAUCAAUCGGAAAGUGGCAUCUCACCUUUCACUGGUUUACCUUCAACUGUGUGCAAACUGAAACAUAUUUUGUAAUAACAUUGAAAAGUAAUUUCAAUUUACAGAGACUUCAACUCUGCUAAUCAAUCAAACUACUGUCAAACUGUUUAAUGACGAUCAAAUUAUUGGUGAUCAAGAGAGAGAUGACAAUUUUGAAACCAUCAACUCAUUGGAAUAUCAUUUUUCAUCUUUUCUCCUCCAAUUAAUGGCACUUUUAAUCACAUUCAUUAUCAUCUCUUUUCCUCUUUACAUUCAAUUCUUUGUUUCGUUUUCCUUUUGUCUAAAUUUGCUAUUCCAAAAGCUCAUCAUGAAUGACCAUCAAUCCCAUUUCACCAUAAUGUUGUUCAAAACCCCACCUCAAACCUUGUUUCCUCUGUAAUCACCUCUUCUAAUGCACAAACAGAUUACAAAUUUAAAAAAGUAUAAAUAUUAUAAAUAAAAUAACAAUAACGACAAUAUU